GCUCGCGCGGCGUGGGGUUUCCCAGAGCAGACUGCAGGGUUACCGCGCCCAUCUCCGUCUGAUGGCCGGAUGAGAGGUGAACUGAACUGGAGAGAAGUGCUCCUUCAAGGAAGGCAACGGGAAGUGGCCACCGACGGAUUUAUUCGUUGACCAAAGUCUGCAAUCGGACAUUUAUGAGUGCAGUUUUUCAUCGCAGUUGAGAUCCCCCUCAAACAGGCUCAUUUCCCGCCCGCUGGAGCGAGUUUUGUCGCUGUGGCAGUGGACUCGGUACUUCUCCCGCUGCUAGUUAGCGAGCUAGCUCGUCUUGUUCGUUGAUGCGUGGAUUUGACAGCCACACCGUCGUUUUUUUCGGUCAAUGCCAUAUAAACAAAGGCCAUUUACGACUGAGAACAGAUUAGAACGUGUCCCGGCAGUAGGAGUGAGGCAGAGCUUUAGAAGAGGAAAAUGAGUGAACUGGACCAGUUACGCCAGGAGGCUGAGCAGCUGAAGAACCAGAUCAGAGAUGCAAGGAAAGCUUGUGCAGAUGCCACACUAUCACAGAUCACAGCCAACAUCGACCCUGUUGGCCGAAUCCAGAUGCGUACAAGAAGAACACUGCGAGGACAUCUGGCUAAAAUCUACGCCAUGCACUGGGGCACCGAUUCCAGGCUGCUUGUCAGUGCCUCCCAGGAUGGAAAACUCAUUAUUUGGGACAGUUAUACCACAAAUAAGGUCCACGCCAUUCCUCUGCGCUCCUCCUGGGUGAUGACCUGUGCCUACGCUCCUUCAGGGAAUUAUGUUGCUUGUGGAGGCUUAGACAACAUCUGCUCCAUCUACAGCCUCAAGACUCGCGAGGGGAACGUGCGUGUCAGCCGUGAGCUGGCCGGACACACAGGAUACCUCUCUUGCUGCCGCUUCGUUGAUGACAACCAGAUUGUUACAAGUUCUGGCGACACCACCUGUGCUCUCUGGGACAUAGAGACCGGUCAGCAGACGACCACGUUCGCAGGUCACACCGGCGAUGUGAUGAGUCUGUCUCUGGCUCCAGACACCAGGCUGUUCGUGUCAGGAGCCUGCGAUGCCUCUGCUAAACUCUGGGACGUCCGUGAGGGCAUGUGCCGACAGACCUUCACUGGCCACGAGUCAGACAUCAACGCUAUCUGUUUCUUUCCCAAUGGAAAUGCGUUUGCGACUGGCUCUGACGAUGCCACCUGCCGGCUGUUUGACCUGCGCGCCGACCAGGAGCUCAUGGUCUACUCUCACGACAACAUCAUCUGCGGCAUAACCUCCGUGGCCUUCUCGAAGAGCGGCCGCCUGUUGCUCGCCGGCUACGAUGACUUCAACUGCAAUGUGUGGGACACCCUAAAGGCUGACCGCGCUGGUGUGCUGGCCGGCCACGACAACCGAGUUAGCUGUCUGGGUGUAACUGAUGACGGUAUGGCAGUGGCUACAGGGUCCUGGGACAGCUUCCUCAAGAUCUGGAACUGAACGCUGAAGGUGCUUUCAAUACAACAUGUCUGAUACAAUAUCAUUUGAGCUCCAAAGUUGACUGGAAGACCAUUCCAACUUUAGAAUGUUAAAUUUCACAGCAUCGUCAACAACAAAACACCUUAUAAAACUGACUGACACCACCAUGAAAAGAAAUAAAACUUCUAAGGGAAAACAAUGCCUUUCCUACACCAAGAAGAGCACAAUUUGUUUUAUCACCCAGCUUAAAAAAAGAAAAAAAAGAGAAAAAAGAAGAUUUCCUGUGGUAUCAAAUGAAUAACUUGCAUUCCUUCUCGGACCAUUCUGUGUCACCCUGUAAGAGAAAACACAAAACACUAUCAUCCUACGCUUAUGUAUCAUGUGUCUAGAAAGCAAAUGUUGGAGUGUAAUUGUACAAAUUAUUUAACUCUUAUUUUUUUUUUCUUCUUCUUCUUCUGUUCCUUUUAUCUGAUAGUUCCAUCUUCUAGAUCAUUUUCCCGCCUGUUUUUUCUGUUUAGAUGAUAUGUUUCUGAUUAGUAAAACUUUUAAUCCUGUUAUAAAACCAUGUGAAAACAAGAAGAGUCAUGUAAAAUGCUGAAACUAGACCAGGAUGGAAGAGCAGCUUUUUUGACGAUGCCAAUCAUGUGUUUUGUUUUGUUAUUUUCGUGUGCACUAGGUUGCUCUAGAGGUUGUGUAGUUUUCAUGAAUGUGACUUGAGCGAAAGGUAAAGUUCUUGCGCCCUCUUGUGAAAGCUUCAUUUUCAUAUUUUUGGGCGUCCCCAGACAGCGUUCACCUCUGAUUGUUAAUAUCGCUGGGCUAUUGCCGAUCACCGGCUAAUAAGAACAGCCUUAGCUUUCUUAAAAAAGAAAAGGAAAAAAAAAAUGUAAUCCUGAUCUGUGCAUUAGUUAACUUUCAGUGUGAAUCCGGGUCCUUUGUCAUUAAAGAAAAAAAAGAAAAUGCCAUAAAAAUGCCAUAUCUCUUUGAAAUACUUUGCCAUUUCUGAGUCUGAGGUACUCGCUUCAUUUAUCUACGAAUGGCCGUUGUAAAUAUGGGUAUCCGACUUGCACGCGAAUGCAGCAUUAUAUCCUAGCUAAUGUUUCUUUCCAGUCUCGUCACAGCUUUGUUUGCACAAUAAGAAACUUGACUAACGUUUUAAGCGUUAACUAACCAAGCACAUGCCGUUAAUCACAUUGAAUGCUAAUUUUAACGUAGAAAACGCACAAAAAAAGUACAAAAAAAGUGAAGAAAAAAAAAAAAAAAAAAAAACGCGCUAAAAAUACAAUCCUCUUUCAUUGGAUUAAAAACAGUUCAGACUAACCCCUUAGCUUAUCUUCUGGUCUUACGUUUGUACGUUUCUUCGAGCUUUUGGCUUUAAUUCCGAUUUUGGGGAUCGUUUUGGUCGGCGGGCGGGGAGUGUUUAGUUUAGUUUUUUUUUUUUUUUUCAGCCGUGUCGGGGUCAGUGUUUGGAAAAACCGAAACCUUUUUCUUAUUUUUUCUUUUUAGCCCAGUUCCAGAGAGAGAACAGAUAGCCCUGUCUGUGCUUGGAAAUACAGUUACUACUAUGUGAAUGAAAUGUUGUACAAAUCAGUGUCUGAAAAUAAUGAUAAUUCUGAAAUUUUUAAGUUAAGCGUUUUAUUUCAUCUGCCAUGAAUUAACGUAGUCGCAUGCUGUAGAAUUUGCUUAAACAGGCGCUGACGUCUUUAGGCCCACUUACCUCCACCGGGACGACGAAACCGAUAUGAAACUGAGAAAUUUUGACCAUUGAAGUUUUAGACAUGCUGUGCAUACAUCCUUUACUUUUACUGGCGAAGCUAUGCACCUGUGUGAGAAACCGUGAGGGAGAAACGACAUAUAUUUCCUGCAGACGACCUGUAAAUCAUGGCCAUGCUUCCUGAAAUUGUCCCGAAUUAAAAAGCGACAGUUGCGAAAAGUCCCGUUUGAGAAAAACCUUUGUGUGAGUUUUCUAAAUCAAAACGUUCGAUCGGAGAAUCGCGAGAAACUCUUUUGGCUUUUCUUUAAACGUUUUGAAAUGGCAUCUGACAUGGCAGAGUCUUCUGUUCUUUUUCCACUGUAAACAGAUGCACUUUCUUUAAUAGUUGUGACUUUUUUAAUUGUUUAUUUUUUUCCUUUCUCUGCGAUAAUGUACAAUAAUUGUGAUGUAUUUGUGUGUGCUGCCACCAGUAAAGAUUAAUUGCAGUUCAAUUAAAAUGGAUUCCCCUUAUUUUCUCUCUCUCCAUUAAUAACUGUAGAUCUCAGCACUCCCUAGCUCACCUUUUGUAUUUAAUUUCAGUUUGUCGGUGUACCACAGAAAGCUGGAUGCAACAUAGAUACUAUAUUAAAAUGUACUGUUAUUUAAGAUGUAAUAAAACAAGUUUGAGAUGUC